AUGGCAUCAAAGAUCUCGUCACAAGAGCUCAAGAUGUCUUCGACACUGCUGACUCGCACGAGGCCUGCCCUCGUCUCAAGGUUCUUGCUACGCUAUCAAUCUAGCGCCGUCGCAAACCUUCAAAAGUUGCAUGCUAAACUCAACCCUGAUGAGCUUUUGCCCGACAGCACGCCAGACUAUGUGCGGUUGAUCUUGAGGUCCUCGGUGUACGAUGUCAUAGAAGAGUCACCAAUAACCCGCGGUGUUGGAUUAUCGUCUCGCCUCAACACUAAUGUCCAGCUCAAAAGAGAGGACUUGCUGCCAGUUUUCUCGUUCAAGCUGCGUGGAGCAUACAACAUGAUGGCCAAGCUGUCAGAAGCUCAAAAAAACCAGGGUGUUAUAGCUUGUUCUGCCGGUAACCAUGCCCAGGGUGUUGCUUUUGCAUCCAGGCAUCUAAACAUACCCGCUAUUAUCGUCAUGCCUGUUAACACACCUUCCAUCAAGUACCAGAAUGUCUCCAGACUUGGAGGCCAGGUGGUGCUGUACGGUAACGACUUCGAUGAAGCCAAGACUGAAUGCACCAGAAUCUCUGAAGAAAGAGGGCUGACAAACAUCCCUCCUUUCGACCAUCCAUAUGUCAUUGCGGGACAGGGCACUGUCGCCAUGGAAAUUUUGAGACAGGUCCACAAUGCGGCAAAGAUCGGCGCAGUUUUCGUGCCAGUUGGCGGUGGCGGUUUAGUCGCUGGUGUUGCUGCUUACUUGAAGAGAAUUGCACCACACAUCAAGAUCAUCGGCGUUGAGACUUACGACUCUGCAACUCUUAAGACAUCGCUUGAAGCUGGUACUCGCACCCCAUUGAGCACUGUUGGAACUUUUGCUGAUGGUACUUCCGUUCGCAUGAUCGGUGAAGAGACUUUCCGUAUCUGCCAGGAUCUUGUUGACGAUGUUAUUUUGGUGAACACAGACGAAAUCUGCGCUGCAGUAAAGGAUAUCUUCGAAGACACUAGAAGCAUUGUCGAGCCAUCAGGCGCUCUAGCUGUUGCUGGUCUCAAAAAGUACGUUACACAAGUGCACCCUGAUGUUGACCACUCCAAGAAAACCUAUGUGCCAAUCCUGUCAGGUGCCAACAUGAACUUUGACAGAUUGAGAUUCGUAUCCGAGCGUGCUGUGCUUGGUGAGGGUAAGGAAGUCUUCAUGCUUGUCACCAUCCCAGAUGUCCCAGGUUCUUUCAAGCAGCUGCAGCGUGUUAUCCACCCAAGAGCUGUCACUGAAUUCUCCUACCGUUACAACGAACAUCGUCACAGCAGCGCAUCUGAUGUGCCCAAAGCCUACAUCUACACUUCUUUCAGCGUUGUGGACCGUGAGAAGGAAAUCAAGCAGGUUUUGCAGCAGCUUCAUGGCCUCGGAUUUGAUGCUGUGGACAUUUCCGACAAUGAGAUGGCCAAGAGUCAUGGAAGGUAUCUCGUUGGAGGCGCCUCCAAGGUCCCAAACGAGAAGAUUGUGUCUUUUGAAUUCCCAGAGAGACCCGGUGCUCUAACGAAGUUUCUGGAUGGAAUGAGCGACUCCUGGAACCUCACGCUGUUCCACUACAGAAACCAUGGCUCCGAUGUGGGCAAGGUCUUGGCUGGUGUUUCGGUAUCGGCAGAGGACAAUGAAGGGUUCCAAAAGUUUUUGGAUGACCUGGGAUACAAGUACCAGGACGAGACCAACAACAUGGUUUACCAGAAAUUCUUGAAGUUUUAA